UCCGUGCAUCCUGCCAUUGUCUGAUGCCUGGUUAGGACCUCCAUCCAAAUGCCUGCAUUUCCUGCCCUUGUCUACUUUGGACAAUAACCACAGGUCAGUGGCCACUCAGGCCCCGGUGAGAAGACCCCAGCCCCAGCAUCCCUCUGCUGCACUCUGCGUGGGCAAGGCUUCUUCACAGAUCCAGCAACAACUGAAGGAUCCCUCCCCUCCACACACACACAUGGAGAGAUGCUGGGGGCUGGAGACAGCCAAUGGCUCCAAGGAUGGCUUGGAUUUCAACCCCAUGAAGGAUUACAUGGUCCUGAGCCAUUCCCAGCAGGUAGCUGUGGCGGUGCUGUGCACAUCACUGGGCUUGCUAAGCACCCUGGAGAACCUGGCUGUGCUCUACCUGAUCCUGUCCUCCCACCGCCUCCGCAGGAAGCCCUCCUACCUGUUCAUUGGCAGCUUGGCUGGGGCUGACUUCCUGGCCAGUGUGAUCUUUGUUUGCAACUUUGUGAAUUUCCAUGUCUUCCAUGGCGUGGAUUCCAAGGCUGUCUUUCUGUUGAAGAUUGGGAGCGUGACCAUGACCUUCACAGCCUCCGUGGGCAGCCUGUUGCUGACUGCCAUCGACCGAUUCCUCUGUCUGCGCUACCCGCCUACCUACAAAGCCCUGCUCACCCGAGGGAGGGCGCUGGUGACCCUGGUCAUCAUGUGGGUCAUCUCGGCAUUAGUCUCCUACCUGCCCCUCAUGGGAUGGACUUGCUGUCCAGGCACCUGCUCGGAGCUUUUCCCCCUCAUCCCCAACGACUAUCUGCUGGGCUGGCUCCUGUUCAUCGCCUUCCUCUUCUCUGGCAUCAUCUACACCUAUGCUUAUGUCCUCUGGAAGGCCCACCAGCAUGUAACCAGCCUGACUGUGCACCAGGACAGGCAGCUGCCAGGAAUGGCCCGGAUGAGACUGGACGUGAGAUUGGCCAAGACCCUGGGGGUGGUGCUGGCUGUGCUCCUCCUGUGCUGGUCCCCAGCCCUGACCCUCAUGGUCUACAGUCUGGCCACCACUCUAAGUGACCAGGUCAAGAAGGCCUUUGCCUUCUGCUCCUUGCUGUGCCUUGUCAACUCCAUGGUCAACCCCAUCAUCUACGCCCUGCGGAGUGGGGAGAUCCGCUCCUCUGCCCAGCACUGCCUGGCCCGCUGGAAAAAGCACCUGAGGGGCCUGGGGCUUGAAGGACAAGAGGAGAUUCCCAAGUCCUCGGUCACUGAGACAGAGGCUGAUGUGAAAACCACCCAGUGAUCAGAUUCCAGAAGUCUCUAUUGCCCGGAUGGCAGAGGAGGCCUCUUUCCCCAUUUUAAACAAGCCAAGUCAGGAAUCUUUUCACUCCCUGGAGGAGGGAGCAUGGUCUUGAUCCUCUCGUCUUACUUCCCUUCUAGGAUGGACCUGGGGGGCCUGGACACUUCCCUUCUGGGAUGGGCCUCUGGGGGCAGCAUGGCCAUGCUUGUCUACACACAGUGUCUUGAGUAACCAGGCCUUGUGAGGGGCAGCACGGUGGGCAGGAGGCAGAAUGCCGGGAACCAGCUCGGUGCAUGCCGAGUCAGGAAGCCUUAGUGCCGGUACCCUCACAGGCCACAGGAUCUGGGUGAGCCUUCAGACUCAGCAUUGAGGGACUUGGAGGACAUUUGAUGAGAAGGGUGAAUGAUUCUUCUGGGAUCUCAGGGUACCAGAUGAGAUGGUCAGCCAGCCCUUGUUUCUGUUUCAUUGUUGGCAUCUCCUUAAUUCUGAAGCUAUGAGAAAUCCCACCUUCAGGUUGCCCUCCCUCUAAGGACCCAAAACUGUGAAGUGAUGAGAAUUGAGGUAACUGACAAGCCUCUAAUUCAGGGCAGUAGCCCACCCACCACCCUGAUAAUCCCCACUCACAGCUACUGUGAUCAAUGAGGUGUCCAGGGAAACCAGACAGCUGGGAUCACUUGAGACAUGGAAUCUUCAGAGAAUGGUAUUGACCUUGUGAAAUCCUGUUUGUAUUUAUCAGGGUCCCAGUCUAAGCCAACUACAAGAAAAAGGGACAUAUUCACCAAGAUUGUAUAAAUCCCCAAAUUAUUCCCAGUCAUCCCUCAAUUUGGCCCCUCAUCUCCUCCACAGUCCUAUAACAAAUAAAAAGCAGAGCAGGGCCUCCCCUGGUGGCGCAGCGGUUGAGCGCUGGGCUGAGAGACUGCCCGCAGCCUCUGCAGGCCGGUUCAUUCCCUGGCCGCCAGUGAGGGGCCCACAAAAAAAAAAAAAAAAAAAAAAGCAGAGCAAGUGGGAGAAUGGGGAAAUUGCCUGGCUAUUUGCCAGGCACAGGCACAGGGCUGACACCCCAUGGUCUCUUAACUCCUGCAAGAACACAGCCCUAUGCAUUUGAAGAUCCCAGGAUUGGGAAACAGGGAGGCUGGUCCUACCAGUAGGCAAGAGAAAGUGUUGGCACCAGGGAGUAUUGUGGACAAAUAUAAAUGUAAUCAUUUGGGACCACAGAUGUAAUAAAAGGAAAGAUACUAAACAUGUCUUCACUUAAGAUUUUCAAGACAAGAUGCCGCUGAUUAUUCUCUCAUCCACCCAUCUCACAAAGAUGCCUGCCUCUGUGCCAGCAAUCAGAUGUUAUAGAAAUUUAAACUACCCUCAAGGAUGCAGAAUUUGACUACACCAGCUCAAGAGGUUAGCGGUUAAGCGGGCAGGCCUUGGAGCCUCUAUGCCAGGUCCAGGCUCUCUAUCCAUAAGUCAGAUACUGCUCCUGUCUAAUGGAGUUUACUUUUCAUAUUCUGGUGGGGAAAGAGCCAAUAAAUACAUAAAUAAUGACAGAUGGGACACUGAAGGAAGUCAUCAGGGUCCUGUGACAGGGAUUCAUUGAAACAACUUUAAGCAGAGUUGACCUCCUGUGUGCUCUGGGCCUAAAUACUGGCUGACAUUUAUUGAGUCUUUACUACGGACCAUGCACUAGUGCUUUCAAACGUCAUAUUUCACUUCAUCUUCAUAAUAACCUCUAAGAGGAAAAAUGACUAGCUUGAGGUCACACUGCUAAUAUCUACCAAAGGUUUCCGACCCAGUUCUUUUGGCUCCAAGGACAGCCCGCUUAACCAAUAACCUCUUGAACUAGUAUAGUCAAAUUCUGCGUCCUUGAGGGUAGUUUAAAUUUCUGUAACACCUGAUUACUGCAAUCGUUAACUCAUUAAUGGUUCUCAGUGUAUUUCAUUUUAUACCUCCAUAUUAAUUUCCUGCAACAAAUUUCCAGAGUGACUUAAAACAAGAGAAUUUAUUC